AUGACAUCCUUCGCGAGUAAAUGUUUCAACUGGCCUGGCGUGAAUAAAGAGAAGUUCAUUAAAGACGCUACGGAAUAUUUAGAAGACAAUGUUUGCAAAGCCAGGCAGGUAGUUAACGAUAUUGAGAAAGUCGAAGAGUUACUAGAAAAGGAACAAGGAAUCAUUGUUGAGCACAUACAAGAACGCGCAAACAGUCUGAAACAGCUCAUUGAUUCUUACGUCGAUGUGGCAAAAUCAAAAGUUCAAGAAGGGCAUGAAGUGAAUAUAAGUCGUCUGAACAAGUUAAAGAGAGAGUCAGAGGAAAGAGUUCUUAAGCUGGAAAUAGAUAUAGCGAAAGUGAAAGAUGCGCUGUCCCAAGAUGUCAAGAUUGCAAAACCACUUGUAAAUAAGGUCAAGGUUGUAGAAAUGGUUAUCAAGUCAAUUGAUAAAUCAAGGAUUAAACGUCAUGUAGACAUUGUCCGACCCGUGUUUGAGGCGGGUAAAGAUGUUAAUGAAGAGUUCGUAAAAGAAAUUAUUGGAAAACUAGAUCAGAAAGAUCAAAAUUUGGUGGAUAUAUUGUACCCAGUGAAAUUGUUGAAAGAGUUUAAGACAAGUGCUGAAGAGGAUAUAAACACUCUUGCAAUUAAUGAGCAAUCUAAAGAACACAUAUGGAUGUGUUUGGGAGCUGGUACCAAGCUCACAAGCUACAAGGAAUCUGGGGGAAAGGGCCACAUUGCUGGGGUCACUGACAUCCCCGUUGAUGACAUGUUGAUAACCGAUGAUGGUCGUGUGAUAUUCACAUCCCCUGAUAGCGUGAAGCUGCACGUCUGGGCGCCGGGACGACGCCUUACCGGAAGUGCCAGUUCCGCUGUUUUAGCUAAGGAUAGUCUGCACCUACAUGGAUUAACAGUGUGUAAUACUUCCGGUUUGCUUUCCGUAUGUGGAACGGAUAAACCGAACUAUUCGGAUGAAAAACCAAAUGAGACAGUGAUUAUUGAAUACACCCUCUAUGGAAAAGAAGUUCGGCGAAUUAUGAUUUCGGGAUACACGGGGAAAGUAUACCGCAUUGCUCAAAAUGUCAACAAUCAAUAUGUCCUGACAUUUCCAAAACAGGGUAUGGUCAUCUCAGUUGAUAGUGUAGGGAAAAUAAAGUCUAGUUUUGGACACAAAGAUUUAAUAAAAUGUGAUGUACCUUUACGUGCUCCUACCUCUGACGAUAAUGACGAAUACGGUGUAGGUUUUUGGCCUUCUGGGAUAGCGUGUGACGACAUGGGUCACGUGUUGGUUUCUGAUUGGCUGAACAAGACGGUGUUGAUGAUGGAUGAGAAAUUGAACUUUCUACGAUGUGUAGGGACACGUUAUACCGGUCCAAAUGCGUUGUUAUACGACAAGAAGUCGAACGUACUUUGGAUAGGAGAUAAAGGCAGUGCACAGUGCUGGAAAACGAGUGAUUUCUCAGACAUUUCCUGA